AUGUUAGAAUACAGAGACUAUUAUCUUGUAUUUAAACUCUUAGAUGAGAAAAUGCAAUCUGGAGAAAAAAUGAGAGAGAGUGCUUGGGGAAGAAGAAGAGCUAGCAGAAUACUAGCUCAGCUCCCACACAAAUUAGACACAUGGCAAGCACAGCUACAUCCUAUUUGCACAGUUGGACUGUUAUCCAACGGCUAUAUUUUUCAAACUGAAAUAAUAAACUAUCUCAGCAGCACUUAUAAACCAACACUUCAGAGGAAGGGCAUGUACCCACCACCCCCAGGUUCCAGCCCAUACCUGGGUCUCGAAUGUUCUGGAACCAUUGAGGCCGUUGGGAAGCAAGUCUCCCGCUGGCAAGUCGGUGACAAGGUGUGUGCUCUUCUUAGCGGAGGAGGGUAUGCUGAGAAGGUGGCUGUUCCAGCUGGACAAGUCCUUCUUGCUCCACCUGGUGUUUCUUUGCAGGAUGCUGCUAGUUUCCCCGAGGUUUCAUGCACUGUUUGGUCGACUGUGUUUAUGAUGAGUAGGCUAUCUGCUGGCGAAACAUUUUUGGUUCAUGGGGGCUCCAGUGGAAUCGGUACAUUUGCAAUUCAGAUGGCUAAAUACUGGGGAGCAAAGGUGUUUGUCACAGCAGGAAGUAAGGAAAAGUUAGCUUUUUGCAAGAAUCUUGGAGCUGAUGUAUGCAUCAAUUACAAGACAGAGGAUUUUGUUGCGCGGGUAAAGGAAGAAACGGGUGGCAAAGGUGUUAAUGUUAUCUUGGAUAUCAUAGGGGCAGAGUACUUUCGGCGGCACCUUGACAGCUUAAGUUUUGAUGGGAGGCUUUUUGUUGUUGGGACGAUGGGUGGUGCUGUUACAGAAAUAGAUCUUCGCGUUGUGCUUUCGAAGCGCCUUACCAUCCAAGCUGCCGGCUUGCGAAACAGAAGUCCAGAAAACAAAGCAGCGAUUGUUAGGGAGGUGGAAAACAAUGUGUGGCCUGCAAUUGUGGCUGGCAAGGUGAAACCCGUGGUCUACAAGUAUUUUCCAUUAUCUGAAGCAGCAGAGGCUCACCUGCUCAUGGAAAGUAGCAAGCACAUCGGAAAGAUUCUACUUCUUCCUUGAUGAUAUGAAUGUUACUUAUUUGAACUCAAGUGAACAACAUGGUUCAGAGUUAAUAUGCAUAUGUCAUGUUGUACUCUAUAAUUCGGUUUGUAAGUUUGUGAAUUGACUUCGUGUCCUUGCUUUCAUCUUACUCAAAAGAUUCACAGAAGACCAACCUGUCUUCUUUUAAAAUCAAUGCCAGUUACUGGAUUGUCUGAUUUGGCCCAUAGUUGGUCAU